GAUGGGGACAAGGCAGGACCAAGGUGGGACAGGGAUGGGGACAGGGGAAGGUCCGGGGGUGGCAGAGGCUGGCACCGGCAUGUGCCAGGAGGCUCUCGGGCUAAACGGGCACGGGGAACGUGCGUGGGUGGUGGUAGUGACGCAACUCGGGACCCCCGGAGACCCCCCUGGGGACACCCCCCCGGGGACACUCGGUCCUUGCCACCUCCCUUCCCUAUGCCCCGGUGCCCGCUGCCACCUCCUCCUACCCAGUGGCUCCUCCUCGGGGCUCCCUCCGCCUCCCGGUGCCGCCUCCGCCGGGAGCCGCCUCCCGUUCACUCUCCCGGUGGCUCCGGAGCCGAAAGGAGCAUCCCGGGGGCUUCCCGGGGCUCCUCCCGGUGCCACCGGAGAGGGUGGGGGCGGGAGGGGGGGCGGGGUAUGUGAGGUGCCGGUAGGCGGCGGGCACCUGCCGGUGCCAUGGACCCCUCGAGCUUCAACGAGUCAUUGCGGGAGCUUCUCUGCCUCCCCGGGAACGGCUCCAUCAACGGGACCGGGACCGGCAGCACCGGGAACGGCUCCGCCUGCGACCUCCUGAGGAGGGGCUUCCGCGGGCCGCCGGCACCCACAGAGCUGGAGCUGUGGGCACGGGUCCUGCUCUACGGACUGAUCUUCGGGCUGAGCGUGGUGGGCAACGCCCUGGUGGUGGCAGUGUUGGCACUCAACCGGCGCCUGAGGACUGUCACCAACCUCUUCCUCAUGUCCCUGGCACUGAGCGACCUGCUGCUGGCAAUCUGCUGCAUGCCCUUCACCCUCCUGCCCAACCUGAUGGGCACCUUCAUCUUCGGAGAGGUCAUCUGCAAGCUCAUGGCCUACCUGAUGGGGGUGUCGGUCUCGGUGUCGACCUUCAGCCUGGUGGCCAUCGCCAUCGAGCGGCACAGUGCCAUCUGCCACCCGCUGCAGGCGCGCGCCUGGCAGACCCGCUCCCACGCCUGCAGGGUGAUCGCUGCCACCUGGCUGCUCUCGCUGCUGCUCAUGGUGCCCUACGCCGUCUACAGCACCACCCGCGCCGCGCCCGCCGGCGCCACCCGCUGCCUGCACGCCUGGCCCAGCCAGGAGGUGCGCCAGGGAUGGUACCUGCUGCUGCUGCUGCUGCUGUUCUUCGUGCCAGGCCUGGUGCUGGCAGUGUCCUACAGCCUCAUCUCCAGGGAGCUCUGCCGGGGGCUGCGCUUCCAGCUGCACCUCAAGGGGCAGAUGCCAGCUCCAGCGCCCCCUGGCGACGACGGCGACGGCUGCUACGUGCAGCUGGCAGGGGCUGGCAGCACGCUGGAGCUGCGGGCGCUGGCGGGGGCCGGCCCGGGGCGGGCGCGGGCGAACAGCUCGGAUGCCAAGCUGGCUGCCAAGCGCAGGGUGAUCCGCAUGCUGGCCGUCAUCGUGGCGCUCUUCUUCCUCUGCUGGCUGCCAGUCUUCGCCGCCAACACCUGGCGAGCCUUCUCGCCGCGGGCGGCGCAGCGGGCGCUGGCUGGCACCCCCAUCUCCUUCAUCCACCUGCUCUCCUACACCUCGGCCUGUGCCAACCCCCUCAUCUACUGCUUCAUGAACCGCCGCUUCCGCCAGGCGCUCCUGGCCACCGCCUGUGCCAGCCCCUGCCAGCCCCGCGCCCGCCCGCGCCCAGCGCUGCCGCCCGCCGCGGAGCUGCCAACCGCCAGCGCCUCGCUCUCCAGGGGCAGCUGCGCCACGGUCAGCAGCCUCGCUGCGCCCUGAGGGCGCCGGGCACGCCCCGGGCACAGCCAGCGCCAGCCCCCGGAGCUCGGCUGCCCUGUGCCCGCUCUGUGCCCGGGACGCGCCUGCCCUCUGCCCACUCCAUAGCCAGGAUGCGGCCAGAAGUUGUCUGCUCUGUACUCACCCUCUGCCCAGCUGGCAGCCAGAGUGUGCCCAGGAUGUGCCCACCUCGUGGUCGGAAGUUGUCUGCUCUAUAUUCACCCUCUGCCCAGCUGGCAGCCAGAGUGUGCCCAGGAUGUGCCCACCUCGUGGCCAGAAGUUGUCUGCUCUGUACUCAUCCUCUGCCCAGCUGGCAGCCAGAGUGUGCCCCGGAUGUGCCGACCUUGUGGCCAGAAGUUGUCUGCUCUAUGCUCACCCUCUGCCCAGUUGGCAUCCAGAACAUGCCCAGGAUGCACCUGCCCUGUGCCCAUUUCAUAGCCAGGAUGUGGCCAGAAUUUGUCUGCUCUGUACCCACCCUCUGCCCAGCUGGCACCCAGAAUGUGCCCAGGAUGCGCCUGCCCUGUGCCCAUUUCAUAGCCAGGAUGUGGCCAGAAGUUGCCUGCUCUGUACCCACCCUCUGCCCAGCUGGCACCCAGAAUGCGCCCAGGAUGCACCUGCCCUGUGCCCGCUCCAUAGCCAGGAUGUGCCCACCGCGUGGUCAGAAGUUAUCUGCUCUGUACUCACCCUCUGCCCAGCUGGCAGCCAGAAUGUGCCCAGGAUGUGCCCACCUUGUAGCCAGAAGUUAUCUGCUCUAUACUCACCCUCUGCCCAGCUGGCAUCCAGAACAUGCUCACCUUGUGUCCAGGAUGUGCCUGCCCUGUGCCCACUUCACAUCCAGAAUGUGCCCACCUUGUGUCCAGAGUUUGUCUACCCUGUACCCACUGUGCCUGCCCUGUGCUCAGAAUGUGCCCACUCUGGGCCUAGCCUGUGCCCAAAACUUACCAACCACGUGCCCAGAAUAUACCAACAAUGUACUAAUCCUG